AUGCUUCAAAAUAUAGCUCAAAAAAGAGAGAAGUUUAUUAUUGGACUUAAGAAAAAAGCAAGGGAGGAAACAUUCAGAAAAAACAGAUUCCCAUAAUCGAAAAACGUAAUUCCAUUUUCUUCUAGCAAUGAUAUAUUUUAAUCAUCAUAUUACGAGGCAUUCGAAAAAGGCAAUCAAUAGAAGAAAUUUAACUUUAUGAAUGAUGAUCUAGAAAUAGGAGAAACAAUGACAGACUGCAUUUUCAAGGUUUAGUAAUUAAACAAUUAUUACAACGAAUAUGAUUGCGAACCUGACUAUGAUACUACAAAAGAUGUUGAACGAAUAUUCAAGAUAUUCAAUAUGGGCUAUCCUUAAAUAGAUAAAUCUUGCUUGCAUAUAUUGUUGGCCAUCUCAGCAGGAAAUCAUCAGCAAGUUCAACCUAUUCAUGAAUACAUACAAUAGCUGACAGACUAUUACAAUUCCACCUACUAUACAGAAUUACAAUAGUACAUUUUGGAUAUUUUCGCAAAUUUAGCCUGCGAUUGCUAUCAAUGUCGAGACUUGAUUUUAGUACUAGAAGUUCCAAAACAUUUAUGGAAAUACACACUCUAAUGCAAACAGAAAUGUCUUUUUGAUGACUUUUAUUCUAUGAUUAUAAAUUUGGAUAGAAUGAAACCAGAAAUUAAUAAAUUUAAAUUAAUCUAGUUACAUUAAAUAUUAUAAGAUCUCUACAUCUAGCUAUAUAAUGCUGAGGAAAAGAAGUAGAUUCUAAAAAUUAUGAACAGAAUUUAUUCUUAUGAUAAAUCCAAAUUAGAUUUGAGUUUUUUGAAUUAUCUAUUAAAAGGGGAUCAUGAGAACAUGUAAUUAUCUGGAGAAAUAUUUAAAUAUUUUUAAUAUGUAUCUUUAUUAGAUAAUGAAAUUACUUUAAACUUUCAAUCUCAGAUGGCUCAUACUAUAAUAAAAACAAUAAACAAAUACAUGGAAUAAGAUAAUAUUUCAAGAGCAGAAUUAAAAUCUUUAGUCAAAAAAGGAUUUGUGACACUGAGUAACUUUAUUACAGAUGAUCCACAAAAUGUCAAUGAGUUCUGGGAAGACAUACUCCCUUAUGCAUAAAACAUCCCUUCGAUAUUUUUAGAGGUGGAUGACUUUUUUUUGUUUCUCCACAAUCUCAUCAAAUUUUCAAAGGACGAAGAUGUAAUUAAAUUGAAUAGAGACUAUAAAUUAAUUAAGUAAAUAGCUUAAGAAAUAAAUGACUAUUGCGAAGAAAAAGAUAGUCAAUUUUUAUUCAAUAUUCUUUCCAUUUUAUACAGACUUUUAAAUAUAGAUGAUGCUAAUGUGAAAAUAUUUAAUGAAGAAGAUUGCGAAUCCAGAAUUUUAUAUAUUUAACAAAUGAACAUUUCAGAUGAAAAUUACGAAUUAACAAAUAUGAUUUUAGAUAGGCUUGAUUAAUGA